UGCUAUUCUGUUUCAUUUUUCUUAUAUCAAAAUGUCGUGGCUAUUCGGUUCCUCCAGCGGCGAAAAGGCUCCCGAGCCCGCAGCACCUGCCCAAGCAUCGCAAACUGAGAAGCCCAAGCCCUGCUGCGUUUGCAAGCCCGAAAAGACCGCCCGCGAUGACUGUAUGCUCUUUUCGAAAUCCGAUGACCCGACAGUUGAGUGCAAGUCGACGAUCGAGCAAUACAAGACCUGCAUGGCCGGGUUUGGCUUCAAGGUUUGAAUAACUUGUCAAUAUAACCGAUAUUGACGUCGAUGGUCGAUACAUUUGUAAUAUCCGACGGGUGUUAGGGCAUGGGCACCACUGUUAUACUGUAUAUUAGCAUCCAUCUGUUGGAGUUACUGGUCUUAAUGUAAAUCAUGAACGUGUCUGGAGGACUUAGGUAUAGACAGGUGUACUAAUAGCAAGAACCUCUCAUCCCUUCCAAAAACGAGGGAUACGGCAUGAAACCAAUUAUAUGAAUGGCA